ACAUCUAACUCUUAACUGUAAAUUAAUAGGCAACUCUGACUCUAGUCUGAUUAAAACAUAAGUAUAGUCUAAUUCUAAACAACUCCAAAUAUUUCAUCAGGAAUUAGUCAUUCAUCUUUCAACAGAAUAUUUGGAUGAUUGUGGAUGUGAUGGUUACAGAUCAUGCAGAUGGAAUAUGUUCUCUGCUGUGAAAGACAAAAGGUGACAAAUUAAACACUUUCAUAUGAUGGUGUGACACACAAAUCUGCAAAAAUGUAUCCUGGCAGAAGAAAAGCAAAGCUGCCAAGGACAAGCGCAAUGAACCUCAAAACAGUGGAAGUACCGAGAGGCCGAAACGGCUAUGGCUUCACUGUAUCGGGUCAGUCGCCUUGUGUAUUGAGUUGCAUCCUGCACGGAAGCCCUGCAGAAAUUGCUGGGAUAAAAACGGGUGAUAGUGUCAUAGCAGUGAACGGAGAGAAUGUGACACGUCUCAGCCAUGAACAAAUUAUCAAGUUGAUAGGAGCAACUACCGGGGUGCUGCGUCUGACUGUCGCGGAGGUGGAUUAUUCAGAGUCUUCCGAUGACGAGUAUGUGUACAUGCCCAGGACUCGAUACCCGCACACUAAGAGAUCGCAAAGUGCCACGCCUUUGUCGAUGACUGGGAAUAAACCACGCGCUGAAAUGGUUGUGGAAGAGAUGCAGCAGGGUGCUCUUCUUGAUUCCUUCUCUAUGCAUGCAGACAUGCCUCAAGCAAUGCUUAGAGGAGCCGAGGUACAGCACAUCCAGGCAGACGUCCAGAUAAGCGCUUCCAAGUUUGCACCAGGUCAUUUGAGUCCUCUCAAUAUGCCAGGAAAUGGAGAGUUGCUUCUCAAAAGAUCACCUAAUUACGAUUACUCCUAUUGGAAUGGAAAAGGUGUUGAAAAGAUGAACAUACCACCUAAGACCAGAAAACCCAGGAGGCAAAAUGACCCAAGGAAUCGUUUGUUUUCAACACCUACUCCAACUAGCUACUACAUUCGAGAGAAUCCUUAUGAUGAUAAUGACCCAGACAUGCGGCCAUUAUCCCCAGUUGAACUGAGUCAUUUGAUGUAUCCAGGAAAUGACACCAGUCAUGAUACCUCAAGGGGUAUGCACAAGUCAACGUCGCUUCAAGGAAAUGCCAGUCGAAAUGUGUCUAGUGUGUCCCAGGGGCACAGCUUGGGUGCUUCUUUGAUGGAGAACAAUGAAAACUUUCACAUGAGAGCCAUGGUUGGGUAUCUUGGAUCCAUUGAUAUUCCAGCUUCUGCAAAUCUUCCAACUGCCAGUCUCCAUGCGAUUAGGGGAUGUGUUCGAAGACUUCACAAAGAGCACAGGAUACAUUCCUUUAUGAUGAUGGAGAUUCGGACUGAUGGUGUUCGUCUCGUGAACAGUAACCAGCGUAUCGCUGUUGUGUACCCAAGAGAACGCCUUGCCUUCAGUGGUGUCUGCCCGGAUGACAAGCGUUUCUUUGGCAUUGUCACAUCGCAGAACCCUGAGGAGAUCCUAGAUACCCUGGAUAGUGAUGAUGAACCAAUUGGAAGCUCUUGCCAUGUUUUCAUGGUGGAUCCAGAGUUCAGAAGGCAUGAUGUGCAUGCUCGGGUAAUCUCGCAGUUUGGUGUCCCUUGCAACACGAACCCAGAAACAAACACCUGUGACAUCUUCCCCUCGUCAGCCAAGCCAAUCCUGCAACACGUGUCCCAAUUAUACCGUGACCGGAGUGACUUGUCCUACUUUGGUGAACUCUAUGGGCAGUCCACAUUCGUCAGUGGUCCUCGUCGAAGUAACAGUACCAACAGCAGUAACAGUGAUAGCGGAUUUGGUAAUGGAAAUAGUACUAAAGACCAAAGUGAUUUCAAUGCUCAUAUGGAUCAAAGUCACCACAACCCAAUCCUCGAUGUGGCAUCUUUGAUGCGUAACAAGCGAGGUGGUGGUGGUAACAGGCAUAUUGUUCAAGCUGAUGUCAAUGCCUCCUUGUCGUCAGACGUGCCUUACUCUUUGUCUUCAACUUCACCUCAAUCCAUCGAUACAUCCCCACAGAACAUGUACUUCAAAAACACCAAAGACAUAUCAGGCAGGCUCACUCCUAGAGCCCGCCCUGAUCCUGUUGGCUUCCGUAGUCCUUCAGUAGUGCCAGUGCAACAAGAAAAUGCCUUUCGCUAUCAACAGCAGGCUGCGAGACCAUCCAGCGUCCAAGUGCCUCUCCAGUCUCACAUACAGCAUUCUGCGCCUCCUGAGCUAAAACAAUUCAAACAGCCCGGCAUUGACUUCAAUGCCCAUAAACCAAAUGCUGAAAGCUCUGGGUCCUCGACUUUGGAAGAUAAUUCCCAGAGAGGGAAGGAGUUGAUGGGUCCACCAAAGAGCUUGCCUCCGACUGGACGUCACUUGAUGUACAGCAAGCCCGCACAGGAUUACCUUGAUGGAGCCACUAAUCAAGCUACAGCCAGGAAGGUCCAGCAGGAGAUGGCAAGGAAACUAUCGGAUAACCAAUCCUUUCAUCAGGAACAACAGCUAUUACGUCACAACAGUGACUGUUCUGAGUACAGCAGCUCUACACGGUUGUCCAAGCAGGCUAUAGAGAGACUUCAGAAGGUUCGUCAUGAUCCUCGUCAUCUUACGCCUUCAAAUCAGCAGACUUUGGCAGCAUCGCAGACAGAAUUGAAUAACGAUGGCCGAGGUAUCUCUAGCUCAGCAAGUAACCCCAACCUGGCGGCCAAAGGUAGCGGCCUGGCUGAGCUGGACCCGUCGAUAGGGAGAGUGUCCAGUUGGGCCGUAGACUUUGAGAGGUUACUGACCGAUGAACUAGGCUUGGCAUGUUUCACAGAAUUCUUAAAGAAGGAGUUCAGUGAUGAGAAUAUCAUGUUUUGGAUUGCUUGUGAAAAGAUGAGCAAAAUCAAAGACCACAAAGAGCUUCAACGGACAGCCGAGGAGAUCUACGCGAAACAUUUGGCGACCAAGGCGCCUAUGCCUGUCAACCUAGACAGUAGCGCACGAUCCUUGGUUGAGGGGGCCAUGAAGAACCCAACGCCAGAAAUGUACAAAGUGCAACAACUACAGAUCUUCAAGCUCAUGAAGUUUGACAGCUACUCUCGCUUCCUCAAGAGCAAGCUGUACCAGGACUGUGUCCUGGCCGAGAUGGGUGGCCUGCCCCUGCCCAUCAGCCUUGAGAAGGUCCCCACGGCGGACUCUGAGCCGUCUGCAGGAGACCUUGAGGACAGCGGUGGAGUUCACAGUGGCAGCGGUGGGAUAUCCAGUGAGAGCAGCAGCUACGAGAAAGGAGGAGAGAAGAACGGAGGAGUGACGCUGGGAGGAACGGUCAAGGAUAGAAUGGAGAGGAAGAAGAGUGGACCCAAGAGAGAUACUAACAGGACCUUUAAGAAAAGGCACAUGUUUAUUAAAAAGAAUGGCAUCCCUACUGAGAAGGAAGACGACGGCCAGGAGAAGAAAAGAAGUUCCAUACUGCCCUGGAGAAACAAGACAAAGAAAGUUAAAGAUGUGGAUAAAACAAGUUCUUGCAACGAGGAUACGAGUGUGAGCAGUCGUCAUAGCUCAGUGACUAGCAGUGAUUUCAGACCCGCUGGGGACAAGUUUGUGGACAUGAACCACUGCUUCCACAUGAUCUUCCCCAAUAAUGAGAUCCUGACGUUGACCCCUGACCCCCAGCAGUCGGUCAAAGGGAUCCUUCUACCCCUCCUGGAGGAACGAGGCCUUGGGCUCCAAAAUGUGGAGAUCUUCCUUAACGACACCAAGGAGAGUGUUGAAUCGGUUAAGCAAAAGCUAAUUAACUUGGAUCAGCUUGCCACUGAGAUGAUUGGAAAGCAGAUUGUUGUGGAGAGAAGGGUAGUCUUCAAGAUUGAGCUUCCAAAUAAGAGAGUGAUCGGAGUGAAAUCUAAGCUGACCAAAAAGAUCAUAGAAGUACUCAGACCAGUUACAUACAAGUAUAAGCUGCAGCUAGAUGCCCUCGUUGUCCAUCUGAGUGACUCUCCUGUUCCUCUAGAUCUGGACAUCACCGUAGCCUCAUUGGACGCUCAGAGGAUACUCAUAGAGACACUCGAGCAGUACAGUGCUGGUUCCUAUAGCUUCGGAGGGAGAGCUUCAGUUGGAGCAAGGGGUGAAUCCCAGCAAAAAUCUGGCGAGGUGAGGUCAAGCUCUGUUGAUAGCUACCUGAAGGACGAUGAAACAGUUCGUGCAGACUCCAGCAAGGUUGUCAAGGAAAAACUCACAGCACAGGUAUCAGCCCCGGCCAUGUCAGCCUUCCAAGCGGCACCCCAAGGAGACACCAUGAGGGAGCAGAGACACCUGGCAGCAGCUGCAGCAGCCAAGACCCCACCCCAGGUCAAUCACCUACCCCCGUCCUCAUCAUCGGUCUCCACCUCAGCCCUGGUGGGUAAGGGCAGGACCGAGGGAAGGGCGGAGGCCAGGAAAUCGGCAGGCAACCUGAAGGUCACUGGCAAGGAAACAGAAGAUCUUAUUGCUAUGGUAACCAAGGUUCAAGGCAAGCGCUUGGAUGAUCAGAGAGGCCUCACACUACGCAACUUAGAGCUCCCUGACUUCCUUAAAGUCUCUACCGCCCCCACCUCUUCCUCAUCUUCUACCAAGCCUGUGGACAGUCGUCCAAAGAGCGCCCUCGCCCAGCCUUACCGGACCAAUGCACCAGCUUCUAAACCACCAAACCAGGAGCAGGGAGAGCUCAAGGCUAUUAAUAUUGAGGCACUGAAACUACGCCCCAAGUCAACACCGCCAAGGCAAGGCAUCAUGAAGGGUGAUGAUGAUGAUGCAUUCGUGGAUGGUGUUUUUCCAACACAGGAUCAAGCAGAUGCACUGUUUGGGAGCGGAAGCCCGCGCAGUCCAGUUGUUCGGUUUGAUGAUACCGUCGUAAGCAGUUCAUAUCGAGAAACAUCUUGGGGUCAGGGGUCAAAUGUGAACUAUCCCCAGAAUACAGACAAACUAAGGCCAUCGGUGGCGAGUUCGUAUCAGUCGAGAACAAGCUCUUUUGAAACCCCGGACAGUAAGUUGAGUCCGCGGGCAUAUGGUAAUGGUAAAAUAAACGGGAAUGACUCAACGGACUAUGGUCAGAAUACCACGGCAUACUCGCUGGAGUUUAAUAGUUCAUUUGGAAGCAUGGACCAACCCAACCUUUUAGAUACCACCUUAACAUCAACGCCCUCAGAGUCUCAUCUUCCUCCUCCUCCUAAUGCAGACAUGGACACCACCAUACAGGCUGACCUACCGAACUACACCCCUCCCCCCGCGAUCGGUGUGAAUCAGCCACGUCCAGCUGUGUUUGCCAAGAUGGGCAGCCAGAGCACCCCUGAUGUUAGGAAGACCCCCUUUAUGCACCCCUUCCGCUCUGGAAGCACCCUCCCUGGCCAUAACAUAACUCCAAAGCCUGUCGUGGAAGCCAAUGGGUAUGUUUCCAAGGCAUACACUAGGAGCAUAUCCAGCGGCCAGCUCUCCUACUCCAACAACAACAACACCAACGUCCCCCUCCCUGUAAGUGCCCCAGACAUCAAAGUUGAGACAAACAAUUGCUAUUCCAAUUAUUGUCCCCUUCCAACCACACCCAACGGUAGCUCCUAUGGUGGUUCUUCCACAAACAUUGAUGACGUGCCCAUGUCUCCUGCAUCUCCUGUGUCUCCGGCUCCACCAGAUGUGACUCAAGUGCUUGCCAAGGAGAGAGUUAUCAAGCCCCCUCCUGCGUACCAUAGCAGCAUGUCCACCAGACAGUCAAAUCCAGCAUUCACGUCCAGUGAACACUUGCAGGUGGCACCAACCUAUGGCCAAGGCAACCGACAGGGCGCAACGCAAAGUGCCACUUGGAGUUCCUCAACUGUCAAUCCAGGCAGCGGUCAAUCUGGGAGACCUAGUAACGGGGCCACAUGGGCAGGGCCAAGAGGUAAUGCCCCCCAGGUAACAAGCACAGCCUCCACAUCCGCACCUCGUAGCUACCGAGGACCAGUGCCUUAUGCAAGCAUUCAACCACCAAGGGCGCUGCCCAGCUCGCAGGGCGCUGUACCCAAGUCUCCUGUCAGUGGAAACCAAGCAACAUAUAGUAACAUUAACAACUUGGAUGCUGGUGCCUCUGGUGGGGCUAAGGGCGGGGAAGGGUCUGGUGAGGGUUACCAAGGUAAAGAAACAGUCGUCAUCUCCAAGGAUGGUAGGAAAUUGAGGGCCACUUUUGUUUAAAAUCUCCUCCAAACAGUUCCAAGGAAAUCCCUUUACAGGAAAUGUCUAUACCAUCAUGACAUAAGAUAUCUUUGAAAUACAAGAAAAGUUUUCUACCUGGUACUUUUUGGUUGUGCUUUUGAACAAAUAAGUCGUUAAAUGCUGCAUGUAAAUAACUCUUCCUAUUUGAAGAAGGAAAAAUUCUUUCCCAAGCUCCACUAUCUUCUCUUUAACCUAUGUUUAACACGUCAAUACCACAACAUUUGUUCUGCCAAUCUUCCUCUCUAUUCAGUCAAUUUAAUGCUCUCUGUCUUCAAACAAACUUAUGUCCCCUGACCAAAAAAUAUUGAAGUAAAUUUGUAAAUAAUUUGAGUUUUUGACAAACAGUAAAUUGUUGGUAAUUUCCAAAUGAGUGAUGACAAUCUUGAUAUUUUCAGGUCCUUUUGAUUGAUUUUCAUACUCUAUAUGUAUAUAUAUACAUACAUUUGUAAGCAUACUUGAAUUCAUUUUUAUCUUCAUCAUGUAUGUGGAGUUAUGAUGAAAUUGAAACAAAAAAAAUCAUCAAUAUUUAGCCUUAAUUUGAUAUGAUUUAUUUUUCUCAUUACCAUGAACCAUU